UGUGCGGCGUCGCGAUCCGUGGUAUGCGCAGUUCGUUCACGAAAUAUUCCCGUGUAUCUAUCGAGUACAGACGUUUCAGUAUUUACACAAGUGAAGCCUUAUGUCAAAACUAAAGACGGUCUCGUGACUCAGACUAUUCAGUGUAACUAAUCCAAAAUCGAACAUUCGAACAAAAUUUAACACAAAACGAGAACUCAAACAUUCCAAACACUAACGCUUUUAUACCUGUUGCCAUAUUAAUAUUUAACUUCGUAAUUGUAAGUGUAACGAUCGUAAUCCAAUAAAACGAGUGAAUAAAAAUUGUGUCAAGAUCGAGAAGUGUGUGUCAAGGGGGUCUCCGGCAACUUUCCUUUUCUAGAAGUGAGACUGGGUGACAUCGGUCGCGAUAUAAUUGUGAAUCACUUAAAACCGACCUCGGGACCGUGCAUUGUCGGGGAGGGAAUCCGGCGAUCCCUCGAGUUUCGCGAGUCGGUGCCGAACCGCGUCGCGAUAAACACUGCUGACCCCGAACAAAGUGUGCCCCAAUCCGACCUAACCCGACCAGUGAUUAUGUUAAGUGAGUGCUGAACAUGUCGACCCAAUCGUACUACAAGGAGCGCCUGGGGUUCGACCCCCAGGAGGCGAUGCAGGAGAGCCUCAAUGGGGGCUUCUAUGACGGCCCCCACCAGGCCAAGCGGCACCGCGCGGACCAUCACAAGGACUCGCACGACCAAGUAUACGAGGAAAACUUGACCAAAUUCAAAGAUGAACGAGACGCGAUACAGAAGAAAACAUUCACGAAAUGGGUCAACAAACACCUCAAAAAGGUGAAUCGACACGUGAACGAUCUGUUCGAAGACUUGCGCGAUGGCCUCAACCUCAUCUCGCUGCUGGAGGUGCUAUCUGGCGAACACCUCCCGCGCGAGCGAGGACGGAUGAGGUUCCACAUGCUGCAGAAUGUCCAGAUGGCGCUGGACUUCCUCAGAUACAAGAAAAUCAAGCUGGUCAACAUCCGCGCUGAAGACAUCGUCGACGGGAACCCCAAGCUCACGCUCGGCCUCAUAUGGACCAUCAUCCUGCACUUCCAGAUAUCUGACAUCGUAGUGGGACAGGAGCCGAACGUGACGGCCCGGGAGGCGUUGCUCAGCUGGGCGCGGCGCUCCACGGCCAAGUACCCGGGUGUGAGGGUGGCGGACUUCACGUCGUCAUGGCGAGACGGCUUGGCGUUCAACGCGCUCAUACACAGGAACCGCCCUGAUCUGAUAGACUGGCGUAAUAUCAGAUCAAGGCAGGUCCGUGAGAGAUUAGAGACAGCAUUCCACAUUGUAGAAAAGGAGUACGGUGUCACGAGGCUUUUGGAUCCUGAAGAUGUGGACACACACGAGCCGGACGAGAAGUCUCUCAUCACGUACAUCUCGUCGCUGUACGAGACGUUCCCGGAGCCGCCGAGCGUGCACCCGCUGUUCGACGCCGAGUCGCAGCGCCGCGCCGCCGGCUACACCGAGCAGGCCGCGCAGCACCGCGCCUGGCUGCAUGAGAAAUGCUCGCUCAUGCAGGACCGUGCUUUCCCGUCAACUUUGAUUGAAAUGAAAAAGUUGCUAAGCGAGAGCACGCGGUUCCGAAAUGAAGAGGUGCCGCUACGACAGAGAGAGAAGCAGAAGCUAUUCCACCUCUACCGGGAACUAGAGAAAUACUUCGAGAGUGUGGGUGAGAUCGAGAUCGAGCCCACGCUGCGGCCGGAGGCGCUGGAGCAGGCAUGGUCGCGGCUGCUGAUGGCGCACCAGGAGCGAGAGAGGGACCUGGCCGACGAGAUCCGCCGCCUGGAGAGGCUGCAGCGGCUGGCUGAGAAACUGCACAGGGACAUAAAACAAACGGAGGGUAGUUUGGACAACAUCGAGCGCCACAUCGAAAGCGAGAUCCGGCGGCUAGAGCGCGGCGUGCACCCGGCCGAGGCGAAGCAGGCGGCGGAGAGCAUCGAGCACGAGCUGCGCGCAACCGAGCACACCAUCACCGAGAUGAUGCACGAUGCGCACGCGCUGCGCGACGGCCGGUACCCGCAGGCCGCCGAGCUGCUCAGGAGGGUGCAACAAGUCCACGAGCGGUGGUUGGCCGCGCGCGCGGCGUUCACGGGGCGGCUGGUACCGCGGCUGUCGUCGGUGCGCAUGCCCGUGCAGCAGACGACGGUGCGCCGCGAGACCCGCACCGUGCUCGAGACGAGGGUCCACGACGCCGACCCCAAGUUCCAGCAGCUGCAUGAUGCGACCAGGUGGUGUAAGGAGAAAUUGAAAAAACUUCACGAAUCCGAAUACGGCUCCGAUCUACCGACAGUGCAACACGAGUUGGACAAACACCAGCGAGAGCACAAACAAAUCGAUCAAUUCCAUUCAAAGGUGGAACAGUGCGUACACAACCGCGCCAACUUCAGCGGCGAAGAACUGACACUGUACAACCAGCACCUCAGCCAGCUACAGAAGCUGUACGCUGAACUGCUUUCAACUAGUACAAAACGGAUGUCUGAUUUGGACGCCCUGCAAGACUUCCUACAGUCGGCUACGGCUGAGCUGAACUGGCUCAACGAGAAAGAGCAGGUGGAAUUGUCACGUGACUGGGCCGACCCGCACAUCAACCUGCCCGCCGUACAACACUACUAUGAGCAACUAAUGUCAUCGCUGGAGAAACGCGAGCUUCAGUUUAGUAAUGUGAUUGAUCGUGGAGAGGCGCUCAUCGCUCAACACCAUCCAGCCCUGAAGACUAUCGAAAGUCACUUACAGGUGAUGCAGUCGCAAUGGGCUUGGGUGCUGCAGCUGACUCUAUGUUUGGAGACUCACUUGAAACACACUACGCAGUACCACAACUUCUUCGAGGAAGUUAAAGAAGCGGAGAAAUGGAUACAAAAACGCGAAGAAGCGUUGAACACGACAUUCUCCCAGUCGGAGUUUACCCUAGACCAGGGUGAGCGUCUGCUCAAGGGCAUGCAGGAACUGCGAGAGGAACUGAACGAACAAGGGGGCGUGGUCGCGCGGCUCGCGGACGAAGCCGCCAAUGUGCGUCCCAUACGCAUGCGCCGCGCACCAAUCACGCGCCCGCUACGUGCGGAAACCGUCUGCGCGUACAAACACGCCAAUGUGGCAGUAGAGAAGGGGUCAGCAGUGAGCGUGACGGACAACUCGGGUCGGUCACGCUGGCGUGUACGUCUCGGCGGUGCGGGCACGGAGGCGCAACUACCGGCAGCCGUGAUAGCGUUGCCGCCGCCCUGCCAGGAGGCCAUCGACGCCGCGGCUAGACUGCGCAGCGCUUAUGAUAGGGUGAUACAACUAUGGCAGAGGAAGCAGCUGCGCAUGCGCCAGAACAUGAUCUUCGCCACCAUCAAGGUGGUCAAAGGAUGGGACUUCCCACAGUUCGUGGCGAUGGGCGCGGAACAGCGUCAGGCGAUCAGGCGCGCGCUGAACGAGGACGCUGAGAAGCUGCUGGGCGAGGGCGACCCCGCCGACCCGCAGCUGCGGCGGCUGCGGCGCGAGAUCGACGAGGUCAACCGACUGUUCGACGAGUUCGAGCGCCGCGCGCGUGCUGAGGAGGACUCCAAGAAUGCGGCGCGCAUUUUCACCGAGCAGUCUUCGAACCUGCUGGAACGCCUGGAGGUGUUCGAGCGGCAGCUGAACGAGCGGAUCGCGAGCCACAUCCCGCGGGACCUGGACUCGCUGGAACACCUGGUGCUGCAGCACAAGGACUGGGAGACCAGCCUCCACGGCCUGGCCGCCGAUGUGGAGGAAGUGCAGGACACUUUCAGAGGCAUCGCCCUCAAGACUCCGGCUAUGAAGAAGAAUCUCGACAAGGUUAUGGGCAAGUGGAACGACAUGCAAUCGAAGAGCCAGCUGUUUGUAGAAAGAUUGAAGUACGUUGAGAUCGUGGUGAACAGCAUGGAGGAGAACAACCAGACUAUAUCCGAGUUCGAGAUCAAGUUGGCGCAGUUCAGCGACCUGCCCAAUGACGUUGAGCUGCUGAAAGACAUCCACGAAGACCUGCUCCGCAUGCAAGUGGCGGUCAGCAAACAGCAGACGCAGGUGGAGCAGAUGAACGACGACGCGGAGAACUGCCGCCGCCUGGUGGAGAGCUCCCGAGCGGCGCUGCACACCUCCCUGCCGCGCAGACACCAGGACCUGGAGAGGAUGGACAAGGACGUAUCCGCGCUUAACACACGCUGGAACAAUGUGUGCGCGCAGCUAGCUGACAGGCUACGAAGCUGCGAAGCCGCCUACCAACUGCUUAAGAACUACAACGCCGGCUACGAGAAGGAAGCCGAGUGGAUCGAGGACACGUACAGCAAGCUUCAGGCCCAACCUCCUAUUGAGAUCAGGCCUAAAGAACAGUUAGAGCCUACAAGGAAUCUACUCACCAGCGUCGUGGAGAGGACGCCAAAGAUUGAGAAAGUUAAUGUAGACGGAGGGCGGUUCAUACGCGAGGGCAAGAUACAUACGUCGAGAUGCCAGCGGUACGUGGAGUGGCUAUGCGAGGAGAUCCACCCAUCGCUGGACACGCGGCAGCUGCGGCGGCAGGCGGACAUUGAGAUGGCGGACCGGAUGCGGAACCGCGGCCGGACGGACGUCGUCCCCGGCGCGGAAAUUCCGUCCGGCGCGGAAACUGUCGCCCGGGAGUUGGACGAACUGAACGCUAAGCACCAAAGACUGUUGGACCUGUUGUAUGAGAGACUGAGAAGGAUCGCGGCCGCUAACCCCGGAGAUAUUGUUACACUGCGCCUUGUUGAGGCAAUGGCACCGCGCUCGGCGCGAUCCUUCCGUCAAGAGUUCAACAUGCAAGACGUCGCAACAACGGAGCACACCUACACAACCCAUUACACGUCAGAAAAAUUCAUUCGGACGUCGCAUUCGACCGAACUCGAUGGACACGUACAGACUAAAUCAAUGACUAAUGGAAAAUUGAGCUCUCCUAAUUACACGACAAAAACAAUUAUUGGAGAUGAUGAUAGACCCGAUAUAAGAAACCUUAAACGUGUACACAAAAUGUACGAAGGACCUAAUAUAAUCGAGUCUAAAGGAAUCGUACAUCCUGAAACGAAAGAAAUUCUGACGGUCGGCCAAGCUAUUAGCAUGCGAAUUUUAGAUGUCCGUACAGGCAGAUUAUUGUCAUCGCCCGAGACGAGAAAGACGAUAACUAUUGAACAGGCAGCGAAAGAAGGCCUCAUCGAUGCAAAACUAGCAUCUCGUUUGACUGGACCUUGCGGUAUGACUGAAGACGGAAAUGAAGUCACUCUACUUGAAGCUAUCCAGAGAGAACUUUAUGAUGCCGAGCAAGGAUUUGCGGAUCCAGCAGAGAAACGAAUAAAGGUGACUGUAAAGGGUGAAGCCCUCUCACAAGGAAUGAGUAUUUCCGACGCCCUUACUCGUGGUCAGGUAGAUUUAGAAAAGGGACUUUAUAAACUACCGGAUGGUACAUACAUUACAAUUGCGGAAGCUUAUCAAAGGGGAUACCUUGUCUAUAAUGAGAUUAUCAAAAUUAAAUCUAGCGCUUUGUCAUUGUCGGAUGCUAUAAAUCAAGAUUUAGUCGAUAACAGUGGUUGGAUUUUGGAUAGGAAUUCAGGUGAUAGAUUCCAACUAGACGUUGCUAUACAGAAUGAAUUAAUAAACCCAGGAGUAAGAGAAAUAGUUGAUCCCAAGAAUGAUACAAAAAUUACGUUGACAGAAGCAAUUACAAAAAAUAUAAUAAAUACAAUGCACUCAAAGUACAUACAUAAUAUAACGAAGGAUAAAUUAUCAUACAAAGAAGCUGCGAGUAAAGGGUACAUUUGCAAGCCAAUGACAUUAAAAGAUAUUUGUGAUAAUGGUUUAAUGACAAAUGAUGGUAAAAUUUUGUCAUUAACGAAUAGGACUCCCUUAAAUAUUUUAGAAGCGAUUUCGGCUGGUGUACUUGAUAGUGAAAAUAUAAAAUGCAUUACUGAUACUACAAGUGGGCAGCUUCUCACUCUGUCGGAAGCAUUAGGUUCUAGAAUAAUACUGCCUGAAAAUAGAUUUAGAGAUAAUUUAACUGGUGAAAUUUGCUCUAUACCGGAAGCGGUAGAUCGAGGUCUUAUAACAUCUGUAUCGCAAAGGUCAAUAUUUGAUAUUGAUGGCUUUAGGGAUCCUAAAACCGGGGAAUUUAUUUCAUUCAAUGUCGCGUUGAGUAAAGGUUACCUCAAAUAUGCUAAUGGUGAGACUUUUCUUAAAUCUGAAAGUGGUGACUUUGUAUUCCUUGAAGAUUGUCCUAAAGUGUCUAUAAUUAGACCAGAAGUCUUAGAAAUGUUUAAUAGGAAAAUAGGUGUCUUCGAAAAUAAAAAAGAACUCUCGGUGCUAGAUGCUGUAUUCAAAAAUAUUUUGGACCCAAAAACUGGUUUCUUACUGGAAUCAUCUACAAAGAAACCGAUUCCAUUUAAUAAAGCUGUAGAAAUGAAUAUGAUUACACCAGAAGGCGCUGCUUUAUUAAAUUCUCUUUUAAAUAUUACACUAACUUUACAGACAGUAACAAAAACUAUAAAACGGUAUGUAACGGUGACAAAUUCAAAUACAGUAAGACGGUCUGAAACUAUAAUCACAUUUGCAGAAGCAAUUCGUAGAGGUCUUAUAGAUGAAACGACACAAACGUUUACGGAUCCAACAACAGGAACAGUUUUCCCUAUUCAACAAGCCCUAGACAAUGGCUUAUUAGGUGUAGAUAAGGAUGAACCACGUGUCACACGAAUUUCUGAUAGAGUUACGAAAAAAGAAUUAGUCCCAGGUCAAGUAGUAGAGUUAAAAAUAACAAAAAAAUCCUUUAUCAAAGAUUUACCUCCAAGUCCUGAGAGUAAAUUACACCGUGACAAUAAGCCAGAGACGCUAAAAAGUCCUGAUUAUAUUGUACGUGAAGACUCACAACCAAGACAAGAUAUUAUUUAUAAAACGAGCACAUCAAAAUCAGUUGUUAGUGAUCCAUCCGUAACAUCUUUAACAAUAAAUAAAAACACAAUAGAACUCCCUCGAGGUGGUUGGUCGCUCAGGGAUGCAAUCGAACAAAAGCUUUAUGACCCGCAUUUAGGCAUUUUUGUUAUUCCCGGAACCGACAGAGUUCUUGACCUUCAGGAAUCAAUAAAAUUAAAUGUUAUAAAUCCAGACUCGGCUAAAGUUUUAGAUGCUAAAACUAAUAAAACAGUUUCACUGCACCAAGCUUUAGAAUUACAUCUUUUAGAUUCUACAGGUCAUUACAAGUAUCAAAACAAAGUUUUGACUAUGAAUGAAGCUAUUGAUAAAAAGUUUAUUACAUUUGUUACUUUAUCGUCUUCGACAAGUACACAGAAGAUUAUAACCAUAACAUCUAUAGCUGGUAUGCCGGAUAGGAUGGAAAUAUCAGAACUAAAUGAACCGACUCAGCAAAGUUUAAUUGAGAGUACCUCAAGUUUGGAACCAUUGCAAGUCGGUACUGGUCUCAUUUAUGAUCCCGCAACGGCAUUGAUUAUAUCAACGACAGGAAAUUCUGAAAACGUUAUAGAAGCAGUUAAACAAGGAGUGAUUCCUGAAGAUAGUGUUAAAAUUGUUGAACCAAAAUCAGGAAAACAAAUUUCUUUGAAGGAGGCAGUUUCAUCUGGAAUAUUAGAUUUAAGCAAAGGUACGUACAGGAAUAGCGGUAAUAAUUCCAACAUAAGUUUGGUUGAUGCUGCCAAAAUCGGUCUUAUUUCCGUAAUAGGAGCUCCUUUAGUUGGCGCUACAAAAAUUAUUCAAGUAGUUAAGAACACUAUGGUAAAAGAUCCUACAACAGGAGAAGAAUUGCCUAUGGAAGUAGCGUAUGAAAGGGGACUAGUAGAUCCCAUAACAUAUAAAAAUUACGAAGAAUCUAUGCGAGAAAAAACACCAGACUCGUCUACUGAAACAGUACUAUUAAGUCACUCAGAACAAACAAAUACAAACUCUAAACCAUUAUCUAUUGGUGCUGCAGUAUCUGAAGGAUUCAUAACAGUAGAAUCAAUACAAAACAGCCUAACAGCAAAUAAUUUCAAUGUUUUAGAAAAUUCUUCCGCAAAUCAAGGACCUAAAUCUCAACAAAAUAUCCAAAUAACCAAGAGUCUUGUUAAGCCCAAAUACGGUCGGCAAGCACAUGAAUCCGUUACCAAAAUAAGUCAUGAAAAUGUAAAACCUACAGUUUUACAAAAAUUAAGAAAAAGAAUAUUAGUUCCUGAAGAUGCUGUCGCCAUGGGAUUAUUAGAUGAAAGCACAGCUAAAAUUUUGACCAAUAUUAAGUUAUGUAAGGACAAAGAUGGAUCAGAAAUAAACCUUGGAAAGGCAAUAGAAAAUGGGUUGAUAGAUGCGAAUUCGGGUAAAAUAAGGGAUCCUGUACAUGGUGAUGUCAUAACCAUAAAAGAUGCUUUAGACAGAGGUAUAUUGGAUUCAGAAGGACAAAACGAGGUUUUGAUACCAAUUGUCAGAGGUUUAUCAAUUCCUGAAAUUUUGCAACAAGGUCUUUAUUCUCUGUCAACGGGAAAAAUUAUACAUCCGGAAACCGGAAGCCAUCUAUCAUUAAGAGAAGCCAUCAUCUGUGAUAUUGUUGAUCCCUUGACAUCCGUCAAAAUAAGUAAUAGUGAAAACGUUAGUAUAUCUGAUGCUAUAAGAAACAAUUUAAUUGACGCAGAAAAGAAUUUGGUAAAUACAAGUGAAGGUCCAAUUGAUUUUAUAACAGCGGUUAACUCUGAAAUAUUCCCAGAAUUAGCGGAAAAGAAGAGUAACAUACCUCCUGCUGCAAUGUCUCUUACAGUUGCGUUACAGCAAAAUAUCAUGAACCCAAAGACUGGUUCAAUAAAGCACCCACUAACUGGAGAGAUAAUUUCCCUAGGUGAUGCCAUAUCAAAAGAUUUAUUAAUGGGCAUACCAUAUCCUCAAACUGUGACAACCAAAACUGUGGAAGAAGCGUUGCAGGAAAACCUUUUAAAUUUAUCCGAAGGCACUUAUCUAGAUCCCAAUUCCAAGGAAACCGUAUCUUUGGAGCAAGCACUCGAAAAGGGCUUAGUCGCUGUUAAACGCGACGAUGAUAUUACUGAAAUUAGUGGAGUAGUCACUACAGUUACAGAAACCCUAACAUCCCAACAUACUAUUACUACUAAAAUGAUAGAACUUUUAGCCGAUUUCGUGCUCAUAAAUUCCAAUGAAGUAAAAAACGUUAAAACUGGUGAAGUAAUGUCCAUAGUUGAAGCACGAAGAAAGGGAAUUAUUAAAGAUGAACAGACAACGAAAGAACAAUUUAUGUCUAAUAAGACAAACUUUAAUUUUGAUGAAGCUUUAAAUCUCGGGUAUGUUGAUAUUAAAAAUGGAACAUUCACAAAUCCAAAUACUGGAGAAAUACUUACCAUUACUGAAGCAGUUAAAACUGGUUUACUUAACACAGAAGUUACAACAGAAAUAAAUAAAAUUACUCCCAUAAAGGAAACAGAUAUGUUGGACUUAAAUGAAGCAUUUGAAUUGCUUUUUGACACUAAGAGCCAGAAAUUUAGGGAUCCUAAAUCACCUAACAAAGUUGUUUCCUUUGAAGAAGCUCUUGAUAGGAAUAUAAUUAACCCUGAGUCUGUCAUAUUUGACGUUAAGUCUAGUCAACCUAUGACUGUAAAAGAAGCUUUAAAUUCUGGAUUCUUGGACAAAAAAUCAGGAAAAAUUAAACAACCUGACUCUGGUAAGUCAAUUGACAUUAAAAAAGCAGCAAAAUUAGGUCUAGUAGCUGUAGUUGCUGCUCCGGUUGUUGCAGGAAUGGCGAUGAUUCAAGGUGUAAAAUCAGUUGCCAGUAACAUUAGUAAGCCUUUACAUGAUGCUGCAGGCAAUAAGCAAGACAAAAAAUCUGUAGAGAAUAAGGAAUCUGAGAAUCUUAAACCUCAGGUACAAAACAUAACGGAUAUCUCAGAAAAAGAUAAGUUUAAAUCGGAAAAGUUUCAACAAGACACUUUGGUCACAGAAAAGCCUAAUAAGGCUUCAAAACCCUCAUCUGAAAUAUCUAAAGCUAAUGUGUCUUCUACAGAUGACAGUAAAAUUAAAAAAUCAAUUAUAUCCUCAGCAAGCGAUCCGGAAGAAACAAAGGAUACCAAUGUACCCACUCAAAAAGUUAUUGAUUCCAAUAUAGUCCAUACAAACAGGGAACAAUCACCUGGAUUAGUAGAAGCUAAAAAUAUUCAAAGCCAGUCGGUAGUUAUGAGUACCGAAAGUGAACAAUCCUUAUAUUUUAAUAGCAAAAACACUUCGCAGCCCAAAGGAAAAGUAGAUGAAGUAACAAUUAAAGAUUCAAUAACAAAAAAAGAUAAAAUCUUAACUGAUACUAUAAAUAAAAAAGAGGAAGAUAUAUUAUUGACAAAAGCGGAUGUUAUUGAGAAAACUAAGUUGCCUAAAGUUAUUAAACCUCACUUUGAGAGUCAAAAUACGAAUAUUGAGUCUGAUAAAAAUCGAACUCUUUUGUCAAUUUCAGAUAAUAAAACCAAAGUACCUUCAAAACUUCAAGGUAUUACCGAAAAAGAAAAUGUGAAUAUUGAUGAAACUGACAAAAGUGUUCCAAAAGAAAUAAACAUAAAAUCAAAGGAAAGUUUAUCUAAUAUAAAAUCGUUUGAGACUAUGCAGUCCCCUCAUUCCUAUGAAGAAAAUAAAUCACCAGAAAAUAAUGUUAUAUUUAAUGAUCCAAACACAAGUUUAAUAAUUUCUGAACAACAUAUUGAAGUAGUUUCUACUACAACAGGCCGACAAAUUCUCACUCCUGAAUUGGUGUCAGUUAUGGAUCCCAAUUCCGGUCAACAGAUAUCUUUCAAAGAUGCUAUUCAGAAAGGAAUAGUCGAUACUGAAUCUCAAAAAAUAAAAUCUCAAUCUGGUAAAAAGAUAAGCAUAGCCGAUGCUGCUAAAAUAGGUUUGAUCGCAGUUGUUGGCGCACCUAUUUUUGCAGUAUCUAAAGCUAUUGAUGCGGUCAAAGGUACUGCUAGUUCGGAUGUUAAGGUUUCGGAUACUAAAAAUAUAGAUAUAGUGAAAGGAGGUCCGGGAACUGGAUUGACUAGGUCUGAUGCCAAAAUUAUUGAACUCGUCGAAGAUAAUGACACUAGGCCAUCAAAAACAUUUGAUAAAAAUUCUCAAGAUAAAACUAUAACAGCAAUGUUUAUCGAUGCGGAAAAACAACCAUUACGAGCUAUAGACGAAAUUAUUGAGCAGAAUGUCACAAAAUUGAAAUCUAACUCAGAGCCUAUUCUGUAUGAAAAUAUUACAUUAAUUGAUGCUAUUGCGCAAGGUAAAAUAGAGCCGAAAGUUUGCCGUAUUUUGGUUAAUGGUGUAGAGUCUCCUUACACUGUCCAAGACGCUUUAGAGCAGGAACAAAUUAGUCGUUUUGCUACAGUUGAUGUGCUUUCUAAAAACUGCAUUGUUUUGAAAGAAACAAGAACCAGCUAUAGCGUUUCAAUUUCGCAAAAACUUACUCCUGAAGAAUUAGCUGAAAUGGGAGUGUAUGAUAUAGAAAGACAAAUCUUCAUAGAUCCUAAAACUGGUGUAAAAAUAUCGUUUGAACAGUUAAUUUACGGACUUAAAAUUUUCGAUCCAAAAACAAUUCUCGUGAAAGACUUGAGUAGUCAAUCAGAUAACUAUAUUCCGUUUAAUGAAGCGAUUUCUAGACCAAUCAUUGAUAAAAUAACCGGUCAUAUGGUUAACCCGAAAACAGGUAAACGAGUUCCCUUUUUAGAGUGUGUCCAGAUGGGGUGGAUUGUAGAAACACCAGAAGAAGUUUUAGUUCCCGAACAAGUAACUAUUGAAUCUGCAUUGGAACGUGGACUAUAUAAUUCAGAAACAGGUGAAAUAAAAGACCUUAAUACAGGUGAAGUUAUAUCUAUUGGAGAUGCGGUGCAGAAGGGAUUAUUGGAUCAAGAGUCAUUACUAAUUAAAGUUCCAGGAACUAAUGAGGAAAUUUCCAUAUCUGAUGCAUUAGAAAGAGGAAUUAUAGAAAUACGUAAUGGCGAAAUUAUUAUAAUCGAAACUCAAGAAGUAAUUGAAAUAUCAGUUGCUAUCCAAAAAGGUUUUAUCACCAUUAUCCGAAGACCAAUUUCAAUGGAAGCUCUAAUUGUCAAAGAGCUGUACGAACCGAAUUCCGGCAAAUUCAAAGACGAUAUGACAAAUCAAUUAGUAACAGUAGAAGAUGCUGUAAUUAGGAAUAUAGUUCAUCCUACAAUAUCAGAAAUAAAAGAUACAGAAACAGAAAAAUACAUUACAUUAUCUGAGGCUAUAGAUAGCCAAAUUAUAAACCCGAAAACAGGUAAGUUAAAAGACAAAAAAACUGGUCAGAUCAUUCCGUUGGAUGAUGCAUUUAAAAGAGGUCUUAUUGCAACUAAGACAGUUACAUUCUCAUUGUUCGAUGUAAUAGAACUAGGUUAUUAUUCGCCUUAUACGUGCAGAGUUUUGAAUCCUAAGACUGGUGAUACUAUAACAUUAAAAGACGCUAUAGAGUCGAAAUUAGUAGACCCAUCGCAUACGAAAGUUAAGGACGAUAAGCAAGACUCGGUGAUUCCAUUUGAGCAAGCUGUUAAAUGUGGUUUAAUUGAUUUAGAGCAAGGUAUUAUAACGUCACCUCAAUACAAUCUUAAGGACGCCAGUGAUAAAGGCUAUUUGUUUAGUGAUACAAAGCCAUGGUCGUUACAAGAAAGUUUAGUUCAAGGAUGUUAUGAUCAAGAUUCUGGUCUGUUAACAAUUAAUGAUGUUGCAAUGACUCUAGAUGAUGCUAUAAAAGUUGGCAAUAUCAACCCAGAAGCAAUAACAGCGAGAAAUUCUGUUACCGGUGAAAUGAUUUCAUUGCAAGAUGCCAUUAAUUCUGGUAUAAUUGAUUCUAAGGAGGGCAAAGUAAGAGAUCCUGUACAAGGUGAUAAGAUCUCACUUACAGAUGCAUCAGAACGUGGCCUUAUUUUACCCGCAAAGAGAAAGUUAAGUCUUCCAGAAGCUGUAUUUAAAGGUUUUUAUGAUCCUAAGACUGGGAAGUUUUCUCAUCCUCAAAGUAAAGAUAAAAUGCAAAUGGAUAGGGCUAUACGAAAACGUAUGUUAGAUCCCCAGUCAACUCUAGUACAUGUUGGAGGAAAAGUAAUACCGUUUGAAUUUGCCGUAGAUAAAGGAAUAGUAGAUGGAAGAACAGGCACUAUAACACUUGGGGACGAAAGAGUAGAUUUCCGAGAAGCUUUUGAACGGGGAAUUUUAGUUGAAGUUCGGAAGCCACUAUCGCUUGUUGAAGCACUUGAAAAGGGCAUAUAUAAUGAAAUUACGGGAUUGUUUAUGGAUCCACAAAGUGGAAAGAAACAUACCCUCAUCGAAGCAAUCAAGAUGAAUUUGAUAGACCCUAAUUCAGUUCAUAUACAGGAUAAUCGUUUAGGAAAAUGGAGUAAGAUAUCAUUAUUAGAGUCUAUUGAAACCGGUGUUAUUGACGACAAAUCAGGAAAAAUUAAAAAUAUUAAUAAUGAUAAUGAACAAAUAACUCUUCGCAAAGCUUUUGAAAUAGGUCUUCUUGUCGAUAGUAAAGCUCCAGUUAGUCUUCAAAGAGCUAUUCAUCAAGGUCUCUAUGAUGAUGACACUAGAAAAAUAGUUGACCCAAUUACUAGUCGUAAAAUUACUUUGCAUGAAGCAAUAAGACGAUCUAUAAUAAGCCCUAAAUAUCUUUGCUAUUUUGAUAAAAAAUCAGAAAAACCUUUAACCCUCUCUGAGUGUUGUCGAAGCCAAAUAGUUGAUAGAAGAACUGGUAAAUUUAUAGAACCAGGGUCUGAUGUACAAGUUACAUUAUCGGAAGCUAUGACUUUAGGUCUUAUUGUAGAUAUAGAAAGUGCUGGCUUCACUUUAUAUGAAACUUUGGCCAUGGACAUGUAUAAUAUAAUGGAACUUGUUUUUAUCCAUCCAGUUACGGAAAGAAAAAUAUCGUUAAAAGCGGCUAUCACAGAGGAACUUAUAAACCCUGAAAUUUCUUUGAUUAAACAUAUUCCGUCUAGUAGGUACAUUACUUUAGUGGAGGCUAUACAAACUGGUAUUGUUGAUGAAACUCAUAGUGUUUAUAUUCUUCCUAACGGAAAUCAAAUUAAUUUGCUAGACGCAAAACACCGUGGUCUCAUAGUUACUUCCAAGAAAGGUCUAAGUCUCGAAGAAGUCAUAAGAAACGGCUUGUUUAGGUCCGAUAAUGGAAAAAUAGUCGAUCCAAACUCCAAUGAAUUUAUUGACAUUACAAAAGCUAUUGAAAUAGGUCUCAUAAAUCCAGAGCUGACUAUUGUUAAAGAUACGUCCACAAAUAAAUUUAACCCUCUUCUUACCGCUAUACAACAAGGCGAUGUGGAUGUAAGCAAAGGUAGAGUUCUAGAUACAAAAGCUAAGAAAACUUUUAAUUUAGAUAUUGCUUUUGAUAAAGGUCUGCUUGUCAGCGUCAUACAACCUAUCACAUUACAAUCUGGUGCUAAAAGAUUUGUUCCCGAUUCUUCUAUUUCAAAAGAACCAGUACUCAGAGAAUUUACUUUAGAAGAUGCAAUUAAAUACGAAUUUAUAGACCCUAAGUCUGCUCUAAUAAAGGAUCCACACAAAAAUAAGUAUGUACCUUUAGAAGUAGGCAUUAAUGAUUGUAUUGUCGAUAAAAGUGCAAAAGGAUUGAUAGACACUCAAAGUGGUAGGUCGCAAUCACGAUGCUUCGUAUUUGAAAAUGGUUUAAUUAUUUAUAAAAUAGAACCUUUUACAUUCGAACAAUCUAUUGAACUUGGUUAUUUGAAUAUAGCUAAUGCUCGUUUUACUGAUCCACAAUCCAACGAAAUAUUAACAAUAAAAGAUGCUGCCUCAUUAGGCUAUAUAGAUCCAGACACAGCGCUAAUUAAAGAUAAUCUUAAGAAAAGACUCAUUAAACUUCCCGAGGCUUUCCGCAAAGGGCUCAUGGAUGCUGAAAAAGGCAAUAUUGUUGACACAGAAACAUCUAAGCUCAAUAGCUUAAGUGCAGCAAUAGAUAGCGGCCUGCUCAUGACUCCGAAGAAAAGUUUCAGUUUAAUCGAAACACUUAACUUUGGUAUUUAUAAUCCCACGACUGGGGCACUUAAUGAUCCAUUUAUAACCACAAGUGUCAUGGACCGCAAACGGCUAACACUUGGCGAAGCUAUACAACAAGGAAUCGUUGAUGCUUCAAGUACUGUCGUGAAAGAACCUGAAACUGGAAAAAUAUGGCCGCUAGUACAAGCAAUAGAACAGAAGUUGGUUAAUCCAAAUGAGGGAAGACUAGUCAUUGAUCCAAAGAAAGGCAUUAGUCUAGAUCUUUGCAAAGCUCUUAAAAAGGGAUACUUACUGCCAGCAGAAACGAGGCAAGCAGUUGAAGAGAAAUAUAGGCUUUGCGACGAAACACUGUCGAAGUUGCUAGAAUGGAUCGCAGUGGUGGAGGAACGGUUAGCCAACCAAGAAGCGGUGAAGGAAGACAUGGAUGAGCUGCGCAACCAGAUUAACAUUCUCAAGCUCAUCAAGGACGACCUAGACAGUCACCAACGCCAAGUGUCCGCUUGCGCUGACCAAGCGAAGCAACUUCUCAUCUCUGGCGGCGAUGUGCUAGCUCCACAUGAAGUGGCAGCCCUAGAACGAGGUGUGCGACAGCUAAAACAACGUUGCGACAAAUGCACCGACAAAUGCGAUAAGAUGCUUCGCCGUCUCGCUGCGGCUAGGGACGAGCUCGGAAAGUUCACCAACGAAAUCAACACGUUCAACACUUGGAUGGAGGGAGCGUACCGCACGCUCGAGGACAAGGAGGUAGCCCUGUCCAAGGUCGAGCACCUAACCAACCGCAGCGACGACGUGCGCGAGUUCGUCUCUGACGUCAUCGCGCAUCAGGCCGAUCUCAGGUUUAUCACCAUGGCCGCACAGAAGUUCGUCGACGAAAGCAAGGAGUUCCUCUCCGUACUGAACGAUUACCGCACGUCGUUGCCGGCUCGGCUGUCGCACGUGACGGCGGGCGAGAGCGCCGUGCGCGAGAGGGCGGGGCUAGCGCGGCGCCGGCACGCCGAGCUCGUGUCGCGCUCGCAGCGCUUGCUCGACACGCUGCGCGCCGCCGCCGACACCGCCGGACGGUAUGGCGACGCUCUCCAGCGUGCGCAGCGCUGGCUGCAAACUGUGGAGCCGCAAGUCCGCUCUAUCGUGUCGGAGCCGGUCGCCGGGGAACCGCGGUCGGUGGAAUCUCAGCUGUCCAAGGCCAAGACGUUGCACAACGAGAUACUGUCGCAGGGACGUCUCAUAGAUAACGCUAAAGACGCAUGCGACCAACUAGUCAAGUCAUUGGAAGGCAACGUGACCCCGGCCGAGAUCCGGCAGUUGGAAGUGCCUGUGAUCGAGGUGACGGAGCGGUACAACGAGCUGAGCGGCGCCGUCGGUGAGCGCUGCGCCGAGCUCGAGGCGGCGCUGCUGCAGUGCCAGGGCCUGCAGGACGCGCUCGAGACGCAGGCGCAGUGGCUCGCCGGCACUGAGAAUACUUACAAGAUGUCGGAAGGCGUAUCUCUAAUCCGCGAGCGACUCGAGGAACAAGCUCGCGAGGUCCGCGCCCGGCUCGCCGAGGCCCGCAACCGCGCGCCCGCGCUGCAGCAGCUGCGGUCCGCCGCGCGUGACGCCGCCCUUACGCCGUCCAACGCCCGCAUCGCUAAGAAGAUCGAGCAGCGCGCUGAUGAUUUGCAUAACAGAUUCGAGAAGCUGCUAGAGCGUCUGAACAAGCGCAACCAGCUGAUAGAGGAGGUGUCCGGCGAGCUGGCGACGUUCACGCAGCAGGCGGGCAAGCUGGAGGCGGCGAGCGCGCAGCUGGCCGACAUGUCCGACCGCGACCUCGCGCGCCUGCCCGCCGACGAGCUGAGGGCGAGACUCAACGAGCUCACCGCUACCAGGGAUAAGAACAUGCCGCUGCUAGAGGAAUGUCUAAGAAACGGCAAACAACUGAUCUCCAAGAAGGACGUUACUGAUACGCACGUCGUACGUGAUAGGAUGAGGGCCCUAGAAAACCAAUGGCGCGACUUCAACGUGUCUCUUGAAGAGAAAAUGAAGCUCUCCAAACAACGGGCAGAUCAGCUUAACCAAUACGAGAGCCUCAGAGCACAGGUCAUUGAAUGGCUGCAAAUGAUGGAGACUCGCGUGAACCACUUGCGUCCAGUCGCCGUGGAUUUGGACGUCAUCAAACACCAGCAAGACGAGCUCCGGCCACUCACCAAGGAGUACAGGGACUUCUCUCAUACCAUGGAUCGGGUGAACGAAGCGGCCGCUAUGUACGAGGCGCUGACUCGCGGCGACCGCGCCGACAGCCCGCACCGCAAGCGGCAGAUGUACAGCCCAACCAAGAGACAGACGCCGAGUCGCGGCGAGAUGCGUUCCCCGUCGCCUGGUAAGGUGCGCGGUUUAGUCAGUCCGGCGUCCGCGCACUCCGCCUCGUCCGGCUUCUCCAGCCGCCGCUCCAGCCAGGACGGCUUCCAUCUUGAAGAACUUUCUCCAGUGCAGCAGCACAUGUCGGAGAUCAACAACCGCUACGAGCUGCUUGGCACCAAGCUGUCGGACAGACAGGCCGAGCUCGACUCCAUCAGGGAGGAGGUCCGCAAACAUCUGGACAGCCUGCGCAAUCUGAACAGCUUCUUGGAUAAGGUGCAACGUCAACUCCCGAAGGAGUCCGUGCCCAACACAAAGGAAGAAGCUGAUAAGAUCAUUAAACAGGCGAGAGUUGUUCUCGAAGAGAUGUAUGAGAAGCAGAGCAUCUUGGAUUCAACCAAAACACAGGUUCGUGAACUGCUCCGUCGUAAGCAGAGCGUGGAAGGCGCGGACCGUCUCCACGACGAGACUGAAGAAAUUGCUUCAAGAUGGAAAGCCCUGCACGAUAAACUCAAGGACACGAUCCGUUUGAUGGAAGAGAUGAAGGACUUCCACGACACACACAACAACCUGUCGCAGUGGCUCGGCGCGAAGGAGCGCAUGAUGGCCGCGCUCGGACCCAUCUCCUCCGACUCUAGGAUGGUCCAGACUCAAGUGCAACAGGUGCAAGUCCUGCGCGAGGAGUUCCGCAGCCAACAACCACAACUGUCGCACCUGGAGGAAGUGGCGCGCGAGGUGUUACAGCGCCUGCCGCACAACGACCCCGAUGCCAACAAGCUCAACAACAAACUGAAGGAUCUGCAGGAUCGCUGGACCGAUCUGCUUAACAAGUUGGAGCAACGUGCGUCAAGCCUCGGCGCGGCGGCGGACUCGUCUCGCGAGUUAGACGCUGGUCUACAGCGGUUCAACAACGCGUUGGCUGCCAUCGCCGACCGCCUGCAUGACACCAGCUCCAUACAGGAGCCCGCUGAACGACUGAGAGAAAUUGAGAACCUAGAGCGUCAAAUCGAAGGCCAACGUCCCCUGCUAGCAGCUCUACAGACGGCGGGCGAGGACCUGGCCGCGGCGUUAGCGGAGCCCGGCGCGCGAGCUGACAUCAUGGCGCGCCUGGCCGCCGCACAGCGUAAACUCGACGCGCUGCAGAGAGACGUCGAGCACGCUAGGGCUGAAGCGGAGGCUGCUCUUAAGGAGGGCCGUCACCUGGAAGAGAGUGUUGCCCGUACUCUGGGCUGGCUGGCGGCGGAGGCGGGUGCGUUACCGGCGCGGCUGCAGGUGUCCGCGGACCGCGCGCGACUGACGCAGCAGCUGGAGCGACACGAGCCCCUGUACAGGGACCUCACGCAGCGCGAGCACGAGAUCAUCAUGUUGCUGGAUAAGGGUCGUGAAAUGGAGAAGAAACCGGCCUACGCUGGCCUACGUAAGGAUCUUGACAGAAUACAGACUCAGUGGGACAAACUCAAGCGGGAGACCGUCGACAGAUACACUAGACUCCAGGCAGCUAUGGAAAAUUGCCGCAAAUACACCAAAGCGCAAGAAUCCUUCGUGCCUUGGCUCUCAGACGCUGAGGAUCGAUUGGCCAAAUUGCCACCAGCGCCAUUCACCAAGAAAGACGCUGAUAAGCAGCUACGUGAGCUGCAACAGAUCAGAAACGACGUGUGGAAGAGAUCUGGUGAAUAUGAGAACAACAAAACGUUGGGUGAGACCUUCAUAUCUUCCUGUGAUGUAGACCAGGAGAUAGUCAGAAACCAACUCGACAAUAUGAAGGAGCGUUGGGACAGAAUCAACAACGAGGUACUCCGAGCGUCGGAGUUCGUGGAGGCGCUAUCGCGUCGUCUCGGCGAGUUUGGCGAGAAGGUGCGCGCAGUGGAGGCGCCGCUCGAGCGUUGCGAGGAACGGCUGCGUACGGCGUUACAGGCGCCGCGCGCUGCUGCGGCCGACCAGCUGCCGCGAUUGGCCGAUCACGUGCACGCAUUGCGGGCACCCCUACAGAGCGUGAACAUGGCUGCGGACGACAUAAUUUCAUUAGCGGCCGAGUACGGAGGUUCGGAAGCGGCAGAGCGUGCACGUCCUGUCCUAGAAGAGACGGCGCGUGCGCUCGCAGACCGCCUCCGAGACUUGGAGGCGCAGACCGACGACGCGCGUGAGCGUAUCGCCGGUGCCGCCGCUGCGUACGCGCAGUUCCAGGAUAAGAUCAAAGGAGUAUCCCAUGAUAUUUCUGACUUGGAGAAGGAGCUGGAUAGCAUCAAACCGCCCGGCCGCGAGGUUAAGACGGUGAAGGCGCAACUCGACGACUUGGGUCGCCUAUACAAGCGCCUGGAGCAGGCCGACGAUCUGAUUGCUGACUCCGAACGCGCCGCUGAAAACUUGGCCGAUAGUGGCUACUCCGAUGCCUCUAAGGCACGAGAUCAAGUGGAGGGCAUCCGUAAGCAACUCGCCAAGUUGGACGAGAAGGCUCGUUCUAAGGAACAAGAUCUAGAUGACACGCUGAGCAAGUUGGAGGCUUUCUACAAAGCCUACGACGCUGUUAUGGAUGAUGUGGACGAAGCGUCUGAACAAGUACGCAAUUUGAAGCCCGUGUCAUCUGAAGUGGACCAAAUCAGAGUGCAACAGAAGGACUUUGCGGAUCUGAAGAAGCGCACGCUGGAGCCUUUGGGUCAGAACGUGACGCAUUGCAACAAGAUCGGCCAAGGCCUAGUGAGAUCCGCCCACCAGGGUGUCUCCACACAGCAGCUCGAGAAAGAUCUGGAGAAGAUGAACGACAGAUGGAACGCUUUGAAGGAUAAGACGAACGAGCGCGAACGUCGCCUUGACGUAGGUCUGCUACAGUCGGGCAAGUUUGCCGAGGCUCUAGCUGGUCUAGAGAAGUGGCUCGCCGAUACCGAAGACAUGGUCAAUAACCAGAAACCACCAUCCGCCGACUACAAGGUAGUGAAGGCACAGCUGCAGGAACAGAAGUUCUUGAAGAAGAUGCUCAUGGACCGUCAGAACUCGAUGUCGUCUCUAUUCACGAUGGGUAAUGAGGUAGCCGCGGGCUGCGACGCCGCGGAACGCAAGGGUAUUGAGAAACAACUGCGUGGUUUGAUGCAACGCUUCGACGCGCUUACCAGCGGUGCACAGCAGAGAAUGCUCGAUCUGGAGCAGGCUAUGAAAGUGGCUAAGGAAUUCCAAGAGCAAUUGCAGCCCUUGGUCGAGUGGCUCGGUAACACCGAACGGAAGGUACGAGUGCUCGAGCUGGUGCCUACUGAUGAGGAGAAAAUACAGCAGAAGAUCAGAGAGCACAAGGCAAUCCACGACGAUAUCCUGUCGAAACAGCCGCCAUUCAAACAACUCACCGAGACCGCUUCCACUCUCAUGGGUCUCGUAGGAGACGAUGAAGCCACCGUCUUAGCUGACAGGCUCCAGGCCGCCACCGAUAGGUACCAGGCUCUGGUGGACCACAGCUUGAAUGUUGGCGACCUGCUGGACAAUUCCCGCAAGGGUCUCAGACAUUUGGUGCUCACGUACCAGGACCUGUCAGCUUGGAUGGACGGCAUGGAACAAUAUCUCGCCAAGAGAAAGAUCCUGCCUGUGCACAUGGAGAAACUGCUUAGGCAAAUGGAUGAGCUCGCUGAAAAGACGGAAGAAAUAGCGUCCAAACAGGAGGCCGUAGAUAGCACUGUGGAGUCCGGGCUGGAGCUCAUGAAACACAUCUCCGGUGACGAGGCGCUGCAGCUCAAGGACAAGUUGGACGCGCUGCAGCGGCGAUACAACGAUCUGACGUCACGCGGCGCCGACCUGCUGCGCCGAGCGUCAGAGGCUCUGCCGCUUGUGCAGCAGCUGUAUGACGCUCAUACCAGAUUAUCGGAAUGGAUGUCGAGUGCUGAAACAUGCUUGCAAUCAGUCGAGCCACGCGAGGAAGACAUUCUCAGGUUGGAGGCUGAGUUGCAAGAGUUCAGGCCACUUUUGGACAGCAUCAAUCUUGUUGGCCCACAAUUGUGCCAGAUCUCCCCCGGAGAAGGCGCGACCCACAUCGAGGGUAUCGUAACCAGAGACAACCGCCGCUUCGACGUAAUCGCUGAGCAGAUACAGAGGAAGGCCGAACGCCUCCUUCUGAGCAAGAAGCGUUCCCUGGAAGUAGUAGGCGAUAUGGAGGAGCUUGUUGAAUGGCUGCGUGGCGUGGACUCGGCACUGCGAUCGGCCGAGCCGCCGGCGGCGGAGGCGGAGUUACUGCGCGGUCAGUUGUCGCGGCAUCGCCCCCUCAACGACGACGUCGCGGCGCAACGUGUGCGUGCGCGCGAUCUGCUUGCACAGGCUAAGAAGGUUCUUCGUGAAUGUCAAUCAUCUGACGAGGCCGCGGUCAUCCGCGAACGCAGCGAGGAGCUGCGUGAGAUGAUGGACGAGGUCGGACAGCUAAGCGGCGCGCGCUUGGCCGCUCUAGAGCAGGCCCUGCCGCUAGCGGAACACUUCGCUGAUACACAUCACGGUUUGUCGACGUGGUUAGACGACAUGGAGAAGCAAGUGCAGAUGUUGGCUAUGCCGGCGUUGCGCCCCGAGCAAAUCGUGCAGCAGCAAGACAAGAACGAGAUGCUGCAACAGUCGAUUGCCGGGCACAAGCCGUUAGUCGACAAACUGAUAAAGACUGGCGAGGCGCUGUCUCGUCUCGUCGGCGAAGAUGACGCAGCCAAGAUACAGGACAUCGUGGAGAACGACUGCGAGCGUUACAACGCGCUGCGGGCCGAGCUCAGGCAGCGCCAACAGGAGUUGGAACAGGCUCUUCAAGAGUCGUCGGUAUUUGCGGAGCGUCUGGACGGUAUGGUGCGCGCGCUCGCCGGCGCCGCGGACCAACUGCAAAACGCAGAGCCCGUCUCCGCGCACCCGCAUAAGAUUCAAGACCAAAUGGACGAGAACAACGCUCUCAUAGAAGAUCUCGAGAAACGCAAGGAGGCAUACAACGCGGUGCAGCGUGCGGCCUCUGACGUCAUCGCGAAGGCCAACAAGAGCGACCCCGCCGUUAGAGACAUCCGCAACAAGCUGGAGAAACUCAACAAGUUGUGGGAUGCCGUUCAGAACGCAAGCGGAAACCGCGGCCGCACACUCGCCGAGGCAAUGGAGUUGGCUCGUAAAUUCUGGGCCCUGCUGGAGCGCGUAUCACGCGCACUAGCUGACCUCCGCGACGCGCUACAGUCGCAGCCGCCGCCGGCCGCCACGCCGCCCGCCCUGCAGAGGCAGCAACUGGCUCUGCAGGACAUCCGUAUGGAAAUCGACCAGGCCAAGCCCGAUGUGGACAAGGUCAGGAAGACGGGUUCGACCCUCAUGUCGAUGUGCGGCGAGCCAGACAAACCCGAGGUCAAGAAACACAUGGAGGACAUCGACCAUGCCUGGGACAACAUAACAGCGCUCUACGCGCGCAGGGAGGAGAAUCUCAUCGAUGCCAUGGAGAAGGCGAUGGAGUUCCAUGACACGCUUCAGAAUCUCCUCGAGUUCCUGGACCACGCGGAGGACAAGUUCUCGCACAUGGGCCCGCUCGGCUCCGACAUCGACGCAGUCAAGCGGCAGAUCGCCCAGCUGGCCACCUUCAAGCAGGAGGUCGACCCGCAUAUGGUCAAAGUCGAGUCUUUGAACAGGCAAGCGGCAGAGCUGACGGAGCGUACGUCAGCGGAGCAGGCUCAGGCUAUAAAACAGCCGCUGAGCGAGGUGAACGCGCGGUGGGCGGCGCUGCUGCGUGGUAUGGUGGAGCGGCAGCAGCAGCUCGAGCGAGCGUUACUGCGCCUCGGUCAGUUGCAGCACGCGUUGCGCGACACGCUCGCCUGGAUCGCGCAAUGCAACGCUACGCUGGACACGCUUACACCGGUGGCCGGAGACCCGCAAGUGCUGGAAGUGGAGCUGGCCAAGCUGAAGGUGCUGGCCAACGACAUCGCGGCGCAUCAGCCGUCCGUCGACACGCUCAACGAAGCCGGCGCGCAACUCGCGCACGCUGGAUCGGAAGAAGCAGGCGACACUGCCGAGAAACUUGCGCUUCUCAACAGGAAAUGGCGCGAACUACAACAAAGGGCCAGAGACAAGCAAUCCGAGCUGGAAGACGCGUUGCGAGAGGCGCAAAGCUUCAACGCGGAGAUCGGCGACUUGCUGUCGUGGUUGUCGGAGGUGGACAGCGUCAUCGCCGCCUCCAAGCCCGUCGGCGGCCUGCCUGAGACCGCCACAGAACAACUCGAGAGAUUCAUGGAGGUGUACAACGAGAUCGAAGCCAACCGGCCGAAGGUGGAGGCGGUGCUGCAGCAGGGCCAGGAGUACAUCAAGCGCCAGGAGAAACCCAACCCGCACUCGCAGCUGCACCUCAACCUCAAGAACCUCAAGUCCAGAUGGGACAAUGUCACGUCCAGAGCGUCCGAUAAGAAGAUUAAACUGGAGAUAGCACUGAAGGAAGCUACGGAGUUCCACGAUGCGCUGCAAGCCUUCGUGGACUGGCUCACCAGCGCCGAGAAAACGCUCUCCUCCGCCAAACCAGUCUCCAGGGUCAUGGAGACAUUGCUAUCUCAAGUUGAGGAACACAAGGCGUUCCAGAAAGAAGUAUCUACCCACCGCGAGACCAUGCUCCAACUGGACAAGAAGGGCACUCACCUCAAGUAUUUCAGCCAGAAGCAGGAUGUCAUCCUGAUCAAGAACUUACUGGUGUCGGUGCAGCAUAGAUGGGAACGAGUUGUUUCCAAGUCUGCUGAAAGGACCCGUGCAUUGGAUCUUGGACUCAAAGAAGCCAAGGAGUUCAAUGAUAUGUGGACUAAUUUGAUGAGUUGGCUCAACGAAACUGAGGAGCAAUUAGAUCAGCUGAACUCCGAAACUACCAUCAACGAUCCAGAGAAGAUUAAACUCAGGCUGAACAAACAUCGCGAGUUCCAAAAGGCUCUGGCUGCUAAGCAGCCUGUGUACGACCAAACCACGAAAGUCGGCAAACAACUCAAGGACAAGGCACCCAAGACAGACGAGCCCACGCUGCGCAACAUGCUCACUGAUCUCAAAACCAAGUGGACCACCGUCUGCUCUAAGGCAGUCGAUAGGCAACGCAAGCUCGAAGAGGCAUUGCUGUACUCCGGCCAGUUCAAGGACGCGAUGGGUGCUCUACUGGAAUGGCUGAAGCGGCAGGAGGCGGCUCUGGGUGCCGACUCGCCCGUCCACGGUGACCUUGACACUGUCAUGGCGCUUAUUGAACAGCACAAGCAAUUCGAGGAAGAUCUGCAUUCUCGCCAAGGACAGAUGCAGUCUGUUCUCAAGACCGGUCGAGAUCUCGAAGCUACUGUUCCACCAGAAGACGCCACCAACAUCAAACAACAGUGCGGCGAACUCAAACGCGCCUGGGACGCCGUGCAGUCGCUCAGCGAGAGGAAAGCGCAAAGACUGGAAGGAGCUCUCAAGGAGGCGGAGCGUCUACACAAGUCGGUGAACAUGCUGCUGGAGUGGCUGUCGGACGCGGAGACGCGGCUGCGGUUCGCGGGCGCGCUGCCCGACGGCGAGGCCGAGGCGCGCGCCGCGCUCGCCGACCACGAGCGGUUCGCAAGGGAGUUGGCCGACAAGGGUCGCGACAAGGACGAGACAGUGCAGCUGGCGCGCGACAUCCUGUCGCGUGCUCACCCCGACGCCGUGCCCGUCAUCAAGCACUGGAUCACCAUCAUACAGAGCAGAUGGGACGAGGUAUGGCAAUGGGCGAUGCAGCGCGGCAGCAAGCUGGAGGCGCACAUGCAGAGCCUCAAGGACUUGGACCUCGUGCUCGACGAGCUGCUACAGUGGCUGUCCGGACUCGAGAACACUCUGCAUACAUUGGAAGCUGAGCCGCUGCCAGAAUCUAUUGAGCUGUUGGAGGGACUCAUCGAGGACCACAAAGAUCUCAUGGAACACACGCAGAAGAGGCAGAGCGAGGUGGACCGUGUGUGCAAGGCGUACCAGGUCAAGAGCCAGAGCGUGGGUCGGGAGUCGACGCCACGCAAGGUGUCCGCCAAACAGGCAACCAAGGGAACACCUGUCCGCGGCUCGCAGCACGAUCUCAACAGGGAGAGGUCGAUGUCGCCUGAUUACUAUGGCUCUAGACGCUACAGGUCCCGGAUACACAGUCGAAGUAGGAGAGGAAGUCGCCUCAGCCCCGGCCGCGACUCGCCAGACCGCAACCUCCCGCACUAUGGACCCAGGUUCCCGCCGAGGGGAAGCAAAGGAGCAGAGCCGGAGUUCAGGUCGCCGAGGGUGAGACAGCUAUGGGACAAGUGGCGCACCGUGUGGCUGCUCGCGUGGGAGAGACAGAGGCGGCUGCACGAGCGCCUCGAACAUCUCAAGGAGCUGCAGCGAGUGUCCAACUUCAGCUGGGACGACUGGAGAAAACGAUUCCUGAAGUUCAUGAACCACAAGAAGUCCCGUCUCACGGACCUGUUCCGCAAGAUGGACAAGGACAACAACGGCUUCAUACCCAGGAACGAGUUCAUCGAUGGAAUCAUCAACACCAAAUUCGACACUUCUCGUCUGGAGAUGGGCGCCGUGGCUGACCUGUUCGACAGGAACGGUAGCGGCCUCAUCGACUGGGAGGAGUUCAUCGCCGCUCUCAGACCUGACUGGGUCGAAAGACGCGGACCGCCGACGGACGCGGACAAGAUUCACGACGAAGUGAAACGACUAGUGAUGCUGUGUACCUGCCGACAGAAGUUCAGGGUGUUCCAAGUUGGAGAGGGCAAAUAUAGGUUCGGCGAUUCGCAAAAACUGCGUCUGGUCCGCAUCCUGAGGUCUACUGUGAUGGUCCGCGUGGGAGGAGGAUGGGUAGCUCUAGACGAGUUCCUCGUCAAAAACGACCCCUGCCGAGCCAAGGGAAGAACAAACAUCGAACUACGAGAGCAAUUCAUUUUGGCUGAUGGAGUGUCACAGAGCAUGGCUGCGUUCAGACCACGAACGCCACGUUCUAGCACAAAUACGCCACCCUCAACUGGACCAAUCACAAAAGUAAGGGAAAGAACAGCACGCUCCGUCCCAAUGUCUACGGGAGCCCCAGGACGUGCCUCGCGCUCUUCUCUCAGCGCAGGAACACCGGACUCGCUUAGUGAUAACGAAGCUGCUAGUGGACUCGGACAGAGAUACCGCAAGCCGAGUGUACCAAGAUCUACGCUUACGCCUGGUGGUUCAAGACCCGGAUCAAGACCAGGAUCGAGAACUGGGUCUAAGCCCCCAUCACGACAUGGAUCGAACUUGUCGCUUGACAGCACCGAUGAAGUAUUAACCCCAUCGCGCAUACCCAUGCGAAAGGUGACCAACACGCGCACGUCGAUUGCUCGGGCAGCCGCCAACGCUAGCAAGCUGGGCGUUACCACACCUAAUGGUGGAUCACGGCCCAGAACGCCAACUGGCUUUUUGACGCCGGCCAGUGGAAGGUAUCAUAGCGGAGCAAUGUACCGCACGUCCAGUAUACCCACACUGUCACCCGUACCAGCGUUAGUAAGUUCAAUACAUUCUCAGCCAUCGUCGAUGGCCUCAGAACAUCCUAAAUCCUUAUCACACCCGCAUCCUGCAUUCCAGACUCAAGGGUCCACAAAAAUACCCGUGUACAUCGGGAAUCGUUCUCAACGGACACCGUCUGUGGAACGUAGAUAUAAGAAAAGAAAAACCCAAUCCCGAGAAACCUCCCAAGAACCUAGUCCUACUUCCCACGAUCCAAAAUCUGACCAGAGAAGUCCUGAAGACGAUUCCUCCCUGUUCAGCAUAUCCGGAAUGACAAGUGACAAUGAAUAUGAGAGUAAUAUAAGCGAGUCUAGCGGAGAAGCUCCAAAAUCAACGAAGAGAGAUAUAAAAGGGAGUGGGUCGUUCGCGUCCACCGAUGGACAAACACCUAGCAGAAGUCGCAUACCCGUGGCUAAGGAGACUAACAUUAGUAAUACUAGACAAAGAACGCCGUCUGGCAGUACGACACCGGUGCGGCCUGGGCAGCAGACUGCCGCGUCGAGGCUGGUCAGGAGACCGUCUGACGCCACCGAUAGCGGAACUACGCCAAGCACUCCGCUCACACGACGCGCUACUCCAUCAUCACGAACUACGGAUAAACGCGAACCUUUUCGACUUUAAAUAAAAUUACACUCGAUUUCAUUCCCGCUCAAAAACCGCCAUAUUGUAAAUUUCAAACAUUCCAAUAUGGCGUCUUUAGUGUAACUGUCACUUUGAUUUUUCUAUAAUUUAAAACGAAACAUCGAAUUAUUUUAUAUUUUAACAAAGUCAUGAUUACCUUGUUUACUUAACAUAAUUUACGUUAUAAUCAUCAAAGUGACCGAAACGAAUAUUGCAACAAAAGGGCCGAUAAUGUAAUUUAAUAUGACUAACAUUCGACAUAUUCGCAAAUCGAGCCAAGCUUAUUAAAAUAAAUCGAAACUUUGCGAAUGUGGCUUCUAAUAAGUAACAAGUUUAGUAAGUAGUAAAACAAAGUCUGCAGUCGUUGCCUUGUAUACUGAUUUCUACUUUUUCAAAGAAUUAAGAUUUUUGUGCGGUACUUAGUACUUUUUUCAUUGAUUUAAAUUUGUUCUUGUCGUUGUAGCACUGCGAAUAUUCCUUAUUUAUUAUUAUUGUCAAUGUUGCCAUAAUUAUUAGUGUUAUGAUACGUAUUAGUCUCGAUAGAGGCGAGAAGUGUGAUUUUGUAUUCGUUUUGUAUUUUUCUUUUAGGGACCAUUUAUUUAUGAUUCAUUAUUAAAUUGACAGUUACUUUAAGUCCAGGAAAUUCCAUUAAAAGGAUCGCCAGCCUAUUUAAAGAUAUUUUCUGAUUUAAGGAUGACUGUUGAUUAUUUAUUUGAAGUGAUAAUAGAAGUAAAUUGAUUUGUAAAGCACAAUCAUGUUUUCAUCAUGUGUUCAUUUUGUACGUAAUUUUUUUUUCAUCAACCAUCGUACGUUCUGUAUAUUAUUAUAUUUUUAAGUUUUUGCACAAUAAACCAUAUUGUGACUGCGAUAUAAUAUAUUGACUGUAGUUUUAUACUCCUACUUACGCCAGAGUUGUUUGUAUAAAAUUACAUUCAAACUAGAUAAAAUAAAUCAUAGCGGACUAUAUAAUAUUAGUAAAUUAAGUAUAUUGUCAACUAAAAGACAUUUACAUACUGAAAGCUUAGAAUAAUUUUAUAUACAAAAAAGGAGCGCUUUAAAAUGUAACCUUCCUAAAAAUGUUAACCAACACUCACACUUAAUUGUUAAUUUUUAUUAUAAACCUGACUUUAAGAUUAAGUCUUUAUUAUAAGAAAUAUUGUAAAACUAUUAAUCUGGUCAUUUUAUUUAAAUAUCAUUGUUGUAUUUGUUAUAUGGAAGUAAAUUUACUAAAAGCUUGCAAUAUUUUUUUGUAUAAAGUAAUGAUUUUGAAGAGCAACUGUUUUAAAAAUCUCAUAAUUGAUUUCAAAAAUAAAGAAUAACUAAUAAAA